AUGUCGCAGGUGCGAAUGGAAGACUCGACCAACAAGGUCGAACCACCUUCCGACUGGUUCAUCUCCCUGAACGACUUGCGUUCAUCUCAGAGCACCUAUUUCACCCUUACCCAACUGCUCACAUCAUCCGAGGGGAAGAAGGAUUCGAAAGCGCUCGUCAGUGGUGGCGUUGUAUUGGGAAGGAAGAGCAGUACAGCUGCACCAAAGGAUGGCCGAUUCGACUCUCCCAUUAUCUCUCGAGCUCAUGCUCAACUCACCCUCACGCCCAACGGACAUGUAUACGUCACCGACCUCGGUUCAAUGCAUGGUUCUUCUAUCUCAUCAGCAACGCGAUUAACGGUCCCACUCACCACUCACUCUCCUGUCCAAGUGAUCAAUGGAGAUACGAUUCUGCUCGGUAAGACAGUAACUUCGAAUGGAACGAACUAUGAUCCUCUUCGACUCACUGUCAUUUUCAGACACCACGAAUUUGGCAAAGGGUCCACCACCCAUGGAGGCAGGAAAUCUACUGGCAGGAUCAAACCGGAACUUGCACAAAGUAGAUUCGCAGGUGUGCACGACGAGUCGAAAAUGAGGAAAUUGAUUGCGAAUCUUAAACCAAAUAAACCAAAUCAUGCCGAGAUAAGGAUAGCAAGCGCCGCUAUUAUCGCAGCUAUGGCGCAAGAUCGGGCUGACCUUUCAACUUACUUGCCAUCCACAUCUCAUGAGUCUCCACUCAUUCAAUCUCCCAAUGGUAACGAUGACAAUAUCGAUUUCAAUGCGGACGAUUCGGUCGAAUUCACCUUCGAGAUCAAAGGAUCCCAAUUACGAUCUGGUCCAGGUCUAUCUCAAGAAUCAGCUAUCGAGGUACAAUCGUUGCGAUCACAAUCUCCCAUCUCCGUAAGGUCCGAUACCAACGACUCUGAUCAAGAGAACACUGUACCUCAAGCGAUCCAUCGAUUCAACACGUACAAGAUCCCGCCAUCCAUCCUGUAUAUCAGCGAGGAAGAAGAUCGUGAUUCCCUUCCUAGAGGAUCUUCCGAUUUUGACCAACAUGAGGCGGAUGAUGAUUCGAUGACAGAUUACGAAGAUCAUGAAGAUGUUGCCGAGAAUCAAGGAGAAGAAGCGGACAUCUUCCCUGAGAAGAUUUCCACUUUACCAGGCGUGCCAUUUGAAGACGAUCACAACCAGUCAAGAUAUGACGACGAUAGUGAGAUCGACAAUGAAAGUGAGAAUGGUGAACCUGAGGUCUUGGGUGUGAGAGAAGAUGAUGUUCAACAUCAAACACCAUUGCAUUCGACUCCUGCCAAGUCGCCUGCGUCAAGACCAGUAGAUGAUAAUGAGUCUAUCAGCCCAGACUAUCGAUCCAAUUCGCCUAUCAAUGUACCCAUCAUCAAAUCUCCUCUGGACAGAGAUGAUAUCAUCAAAGAAUACGAUGAGGACGAUGUUUCUAGACACUCUCCACCGUCUUCACCCAAUUAUCGAGCUUGGUACUCCUACAGCUCUGAUGAAGAGGGGGAUAUCCAAGAUCCAGCCCUUCUUCUGAUGGGCGGAACAUUGGAUAUCAUAAACACCCCCUUUGUUCAAUCUCAAACAGCUAGUUUACCUUCACCUGUCAGUCACGCCUUGAGUCCUACCAAUGCUACUCGUGUUGUGGUAAUCGCUCCUAAGACUCAAGAGCAAAUGCAAGGUGAGGAUGAGGAGGAUCGCUGCAGUAACUCCCAUGAGGACCAAGAAGAAGAGCAUGAGGAAGAGGACUUCAACGAAGAUCAAUCUAUUGUCGAGGACGAUGAAAAUUACUCUGAAGAGGAAGAAGAGGACAAAGGAAUACAAAUGGAAGGUUAUCCCGAUGAUGGAUCGUCUGCGGCAUAUGAUGAAUCGAAUUACGAUGAAGACGAAUCUGACAGAAUGGACUAUAGUGAAGAUGGCAGAAGCUCAGUAUUUGACUCUGAUGGUGGUCAGUCGUAUGAUGAAGAGAAUGAGUUCGACGAUGAAGAAGAGGAGGAAGAUGACGGGGAAGAGGAGGAAGAGGGGGAUGAUGAUGAUGAUGAGGAUGGAGGUAGUGAAGGGGAAGAAGAAUCUGAGCGAUCUGAGAUCGAAGAUGAAGAUGGGGAAGAGGAAGAGGAAGAGGCAAUGUCCCCCAUAGUCAACAUUGCUGGCUCGCCUCAUCAUCCUCAAGUUGAAGUCAGUGCCAAUGUGGACACCAAUAAUCAACUUCCCCAGGUAGGAAAGAUGGAGUCCCCUGAGAUCGCACAAAAGAGUAAUCAACCAGCUCAAGGAGCCGAGCAUCACGAACUCGCCUUUGAUGAGACUGAUUUGAGUAAAGAGGUCAAGGAGGAAAUGCUGUCUCAACGCAAUCGACAAUCCAGUGAAGCCCAAGACCAUCUGGUGCCUACAAACGCUCGAGAUAUCGAUGAGCGAAUCGAGAGCAACAUUGGUAAAGAUGUCGAUAUCGAAACGUCAUCGGUGGACGUGGUUGCUGGUCACGAAGAAGGAGCAGCUCCCGCCGUGUCAGAUGGUCAAUUAUCAAUUGAAAGACCUCGAACACCUUCUUUCUCUUUCAGCGACGCAUCUUCUGAAGGCCCCAUCACUCCCGAGUCUACGAAGAAACGACCUCUACCAGAAGAUUUCACUAUUGUCGAUCACGACCAUAUCUCAGAACGUGGCACAACGACAUCGACAGACCUGCUUGUUCCAACGCAAGCCAGGGACGAUACCAGGCCGAUCAAGAAGAUCAGACGGAUUGGUUCUGCUAUUGGAUACAUGGCACUUGGAGCCGCUUUGGGAGGUGCCGGUACCGUCUAUGGACUCAUGCAGUUCGCUCCCUAG